GUCGACCGGCCUUCGUGCGUGGACAUGACGCUUUCACGGUCACGAACUGGCUCCUCUUUCUUUCGUCGAGUGUCUAAUUGUAAGAUUGUUGAGAAUAAUUGAGAACUCAUUAGGAACAUGAUUAAUCGCGUACGACCCCGUCUCGUGACCUUCGACGUGACCGAUACGUUGCUGACGACCAAAUUCGCGGAGCACUACGUCGAGAUCGGCUCCCAGCACGGCUUACUUGUCGAGCCAGGAAAAUUGGCGCGAAGUUUCAAGAAGAACUUCGCGCAGCUUAGCAAGGAGCACCCGAUAUACGGCAAGUACACCGGAUUGGGAUGGAAGGACUGGUGGAGAACGAUCGUGCAUAAUGUGUUUAGAGAACAGCACGCCUCCGUGUCGACGGACACGUUGGACAAGGUCGCUGACAGUCUCAUAAGGUGCUACAGCACCAGCAGAUGCUACCACAAGUAUCCUGGUACCGUUGAUCUACUCAACUCCUUGCGGGAGAAGAAUAUCGUUAUGGGAGUCAUCUCGAAUUUUGAUCAACGGUUAGAGUCAAUUCUCAAAGAUUUUCAAAUUCGUCAGUAUUUCGCCUUUGUUUUGACCUCGUACGACUUUGGAAUGGAAAAGCCAAGCUUGCCAAUAUUCGAGGAGGCAUUAAGAUUGACGAGACAUCUCCGAACGGAGGAAAUAUUACCUCAAGAAGCGAUGCAUAUCGGCGAUGGAGUGAAUAACGAUUAUUUUGGAGCAAAAAGCGCCGGUUGGAAUGCUUUAUUGAUAAAACAUGACAGUGAGGUUGAUGAGAGUAAAGUGCCAAGAGAAGAUGUUUUUAAGAGUUUGAAAGAGCUUCAAAGACACUUUGACACACUGUUUAGAACGAAUUAUGUAACACAAUGAUAAUUUAUUAUUCAAAGAAUAUUUUAGAUUUAUUUAGUGAAAAUGAUUUAUAUUUAAUAGCGAUUUCUGUGCGAAAUAACUGUGUCAAAAAUUAGUCUGAUAACAAAAAUGAAUAAUUAAAUAUGCAAAUUGGAUAUUUUAUUUUUUGUUUUUUUUUAUAUUUACAUGUUUAUAUCGAUUUAUGCAAUUUUUAUUUCUUUUUUUAUUAUCGUAUUCUAUAUAUACGUGUUUGUAUAUAUUUCAGAAUGUUUAAUGCAUAUUUCAAAUUGUAA